AUGUUGUUUGUGUUUGUAGACGGGCCAAUAAUCCAGCCGAAAGAGAACGUGGCAACAGCGGGCUGGUUCAUAGGCAUGAUGUUGGCAAUCGCCUUCCUGCUGCUGGUGCUGAUCCUGGUGUGCAUAGUGAAGCGCAACCGCGGAGGCAAGUACGCCGUCCAUGAGAGGGAGGCGGCUCACGGUCGUCACGACUACCCCGACGAACCAGGGUUCAUGGAGUACUCGCAGCCUUUGGACAACAAGUCGCACGGACGUGGGUCGAUGAGUAGUGACCCGAAGGCAGCUCCAGAGAGCGACACUGACUCGAUGGCCGAGUACGGUGAAGGAGACACAGAAGGCAUGAACGAGGAUGGCUCGUUUAUUGGUCUGUAUGGUAAGCAGCAGAAGAAACAGGGAGAGACAUCAUCGGGAGGCGGCUUUGCCACUUUGGUCUAGGUCAAUAUUCAUUAGGACGUUUUACCGAAGACGGCUCGUUUAUCGGGCAGUACGGACCAAACAACGGUAAAAAGAAACAGGAAGAGCAGCCUUCUCCUUCCGCCAUUGCUACCUAUGUGUAGUAAACGUUAAAAUACCAAAAAA